GCAUGGGCGGCCCGCGGGCCUGGGCGCUGCUCUGCCUCGGGCUUCUGCUCCCGGGGGGCAGCGCCGCGUGGAGCGUCGGAGGAGUCCCGUUCUCUGGACGCAGGAACUGGUGCUCGUACGUGGUGACCCGCACGGUCUCGUGCCAUGUGCAGAAUGGCACCUACCUUCAGCGAGUGCUGCAGAAUUGUCCCUGGCCCAUGAGCUGUUCCGGGAACAACUACAGAACUGUGAUGAGACCCACAUACAAGGUGAUGUACAAGACAGUGACCGCCCGUGAGUGGAGAUGUUGCCCUGGGCACUCAGGACCGAGCUGCGAGGAAGUUGUAGGCUCCUCUGGCCACGUGGAGCCUGGGUGGUCAGGAAACACCAUGAGACGAAUGGCGUUUCGGCCCACAGCCUUCUCAGGUUGUCUCAACUGCAGCAAAGUGUUGGAGCUGACCGAGCGGCUGAAGGCACUGGAGGCUAAGGUGGCUUUGCUAACUGUCACAGAGCAGGCAGUGCCCCUGGUGCCAGCUGCCCCCAAAGGCCCUGCCCCACUCUGGGGCUCCCCAGCUGCCCAGGGCAGCCCGGGGGAUGGAGGCCUCCAAGACCAAGUGGGUACGCCGGGGCUGCCUGGGCCCACCGACCCCAAGGGAGACACCAGCAGCCAGGGCCCACCGGGAAUGAGAGGCCCGCCAGGUCCACAGGGCCCGCCAGGGAGCCCUGGCCAAGAUGGAGCUGUGGGCAGCCCUGGAGAGAGGGGACCUCCAGGCCCCCCAGGGCCUCCUGGCCCUCCUGGCCCCCCAGCCCCUGUUGGACCACCCCACACCCAGAUCUCUGAGCAUGGGGACCCAUUACUAUCCAACACCUUCACUGAGACCAGCAGUCACUGGCUCCAGGGACCUGCUGGGCCCCCAGGCCCCCCAGGACCCAUAGGUCCUCCUGGGCCUCCUGGUCCCAUGGGUUUCCCUGGGAGUCCUGGACACAUGGGACCCCCAGGCCCCAUUGGCCCUGAAGGAAUCUCCGGCCGCCUAGGAGAGAAGGGCGAGCAAGGACUGCGUGGGGAGCCUGGCCCCCGAGGCUCCGCUGGGCAGCGGGGAGAACCUGGCCCCAAAGGAGACCCUGGUGAGAAGAGCCACUGGGCUCCUAGCUUACAGAGCUUACUGCAGCAGCAGGCUCAGCUGGAGCUCCUGGCCAGACGGGUCACCCUGCUGGAAGCCAUCAUCUGGCCAGAACCAGAGUUGGGGUCUGGGGCAGGCCCUGCUGGCACAGGCACCCCCAGCCUCCUGCGGGGCAAGAGGGGAGGACCUGCAGCCAACUACCGGAUCGUGGCCCCCAGGAGCCAGAACAAGAGAGGCUGAGGGCAGUGGCGGCCCCUCAGGGCAGGACUGGCUAGCCCCCUCCAGGAACCACCCGUCCGUAUUUAUUGAUGUCCUCAGGAUCCCUUCUGCCAUCUAGGCCUUUGGGGCAGGCAGGUCUCUGCCCCAGCGCCUCGCGUGGUUGCCACAUGUGAGACUGAGCAGGAGCUGAGGCCUGAGAGGGAAGGGGCAGCCCAGGUAUGAGGUGAGGCCUCCUUCAGGGCCCUGGGUCUCAGUUGCCCUCUGUAAAAUGGGGUGAUGUUGGCCUGCAGGAGGGGGUGCCAGGGGCAGGGCUUCUUCUCACCAGCUGCCUGAGCAUCCAGGCCUGCAGGCCCUAAGGCAGUCUGGAGCUCUGGCUCUGCCUGGCCCUUAGCAUACAAAGGAAUGCUGGGGCAGGAAUGAAGUCUCACCCCCCUCAUCCCCAGCCAAGCCUCGGGAGCCCACCUGCGCCCCUCCUGUCCAUGUUUUCUGGUGCUGGGUUCCCGACCCUGAGGUCAGGCUGUCCCUGGCCUGACUGGAGGGUUAGGGCCUUCUUGCCUCAGUUCUGCCCCCUGAGCCUCCAGUCCUUCCCAAGUGUCCCA